AGUUUUAACUGGGCGAUCUGGAAAGUUCAAAGACCUCGAUUUUCGGCAUUCCAUCGGGUGCCCGACGAGUCUAGGUAGGCGGAGAAAGCCGGUCGCGGCGGUCAGACGGGGGCUUGGUCGGCAAGUCGCGUGUGGAGAUUCGCCUCCGAUCGUGUUUUGACGGGAUGCGGCACGUAACAUUUAAACUGGAGUUUAAGAAAGACCCGGACGCUGCAGUGCAGGGACCGAAGACAGAUAUGGAACGGGCAAAGAGAAUGCCGCAAAUACAGCUGUUACGUGUUCAUCGAGGUGGUAGACUUUUAUGCUAAUGCUUACGCAGGAAUUGAGGUUGGCACGUGAGGGGGCCGUCGGAGCCCAGGAUGGCUUCGAAACGGCCAGCCCCGCAAGACUCGCCGGGCGCCACCGGCGCUGCCGGGGCGCCACAACCCAAAAAAGUCCACUUCGAGCCUUUUCGGAUCGGACAGGUGUCCACGCUGGAGGAGAUGGACAUGAAAACGCUGCAGUUCCAAAACCGCAAGCUGGCCCAGCGGUUGGAGCAGCGCAUCCGGCAAGAGAACGAGCUCAGGGCAAGGGUGGAGCAGCUCGAAAAGCGCCAGACCUCCGACGAGGGGGUCCUCACUGUUGUCAAUAGGUACUGGAACCAGCUGAACGAGGACCUGCGCAUCCUGCUGGAGCGCUUCGAUUCGGAGACCUCCGACGAGGCAGAGGUGCGCAAUGAGGCGGAGGCGACCACCUCUUUCCUGGGCAUGCUGCUGCACUGGGACCGGGAGGAGCUGGAGGAGAAACUGGCCCAGCGGGUGCAGGUGUCCACCCGGGCCGUGGCCAAGGUGCUGCAGGCCUUCGACCGCCUCGUCCAGCGCAACCACAAGGUCAUGCGGGCCCUGCAGGGGGGACGCCCAAACCCCGACGGCGAGGUGGUGGACGGCCCCCCUCCGGACCUGGAAGAGUCGGUGCGCCAAGCCAACGUGGAGCUGCAGACGGAGAACAAGAACCUGCACGCCCUGGUCACGUCCUUGCACGAGAAGAACCACCUGCUCUCCCUCAAGUUCUCGGAGCACCAGGACCAGUCGGACUCGCUGCAGACAAAGAACGACGAGCUGCGCAACCGGGUGGAGGAGCUGGAGUAUGAGCUGGGCCGGCUGCAGGCGCGGGAGGAGAAGCUGGACCUGCACCUGUCGGAGUGCCUGCAGCGGCUGAAGGGCAUCAGCCAGGCCGAGGGGGGGGCCGACCUGGCCUCCCUGGGCUCCGUUGGGGGCGGCUCUAACGGAGGGCCGGGGGGCUUGGCCGCCGUCCGCCUGGAGGACCUCCAGAGCCAGCUGGAGGAGCAGCGCGAACUGGCCUCGGCCCGCAUCAUGGAGCUGGAGCAGCUACACCAUGACCACAAGGAGGCCCUCAAGGCGGUGGAGCGUCUGCGCAUGGACAUGCGCUGCCUGCCAGAGAGCGUGGUGCUGGAGACGGCGGAGUACAAGUGCCUGCAGAGCCAGUUCUCGGUGCUGUACAACGAGAGCAUGCAGCUCAAGACCCAGCUAGAGGAGAGCCGCCAGCUGCUGGCCUCCUCCAAGAACAGCCACCUGCGCCACAUUGAGCAGAUGGAGGGAGAGGAGCUGCUCAUGCAGAAGAAGCUGCGCACGGAGGUCAUCCGCCUCGAGGACGCCCUCGUCCAGGUGCGCAAGGAGUAUGAGAUGCUGCGCAUAGAGUUUGAGCAGAACCUGGCGGCCACGGAGCAGACGGGGCCGAUCAACCGGGAGAUGCGGCACCUCAUCACGAGCCUGCAGAGCCACAACCGCCAGCUCAAAGGCGAGGUGUCCCGCUACAAGCGCAAGCUCAGGGAGGCCGCCGCCGAAGCCGCCAGGCUGAAGCAGACGCUGGAGAUGUCCAACGUGGCAGUGAGCUCCACGACGGUGCCCUCGUCCGCGUCGUCCACUUCGAGCGACAACGGGUCGAGCCGCGGGGAAGAGGGCGCCCCCGUGAGCUGCCCGCAGCCCGGCCAGGGGGGCCGGGAGGAGGGGGGCGCCCCCUCGGCCUCCUCGCAGCGCAGGGAGGAGGAGGCCAGGGAGGAGGAGCCCAUCCCAGAGAGGGAAAAGGGCAAGAGCGACCUCGACAUCAUCCGGGACCUCAAGGCGCAGCUCAAGAAGUCCCAGGAGGCCCAGAGGGAGCUCAAGCUGCUGCUCGACAUGUACAAGGGGGCACCCAAGGAGCAGAGGGACAAAGUCCAGCUGAUGGCGGCGGAGAAGAAGGCGCGUGCGGAGGUGGAGGAGCAUCGGCAGCAGCUGAAGAAGCUGGCGGAGCACGAGCGCAAGGAGCGGCGCAAGCUGGCCGACGAGGACGCCAUGAAGAAGAUCCGCGGCCUGGAGGAAACCGUGGCCAGCCUGCACAAGAGCCUGACGGCCCAGAAGCAGGAGGUUUGGGAGGAGGCCCUGCUGAGCGAGAUGGAGGUGACGGGCCAGGCCUUUGAGGACAUGCAGGAGCAGAACCUGCGCCUGAUCCAGCAGCUGCGGGAGAAGGACGACGCCAACUUCAAGCUGAUGUCUGAACGCAUCAAGUCGAACCAGAUCCACAAGCUGCUGCAGGAGGAGAAGGCGAUGCUGAGCGAGCAGGGGGCCACCCUGCAGGCCCAGGUGGAGGCCCAGAACCAGGUGGUGCGCAAGCUGGAGGAGAAGGAGCGCCUGCUCCAGAACAGCCUGUCCACCCUGGAGAAGGAGCUGAGUCUGCGCCAGCAGGCAGCCGAGAUGCACCGGCGCAAGGCUGUCGAGUCGGCCCAGUCGGCGGCCGACCUCAAGCUCCACCUCGAGAAGUACCUCGCACAGCUCAAGGACGCACAGGGCAUAGUGACGGAUCGGACGGCAGUGCUGUCCCAGGAGACGUUCAAGACCAAGCGGCUGCAGGAGGAGAUCCUGUCGCUGCGGCGCAAGGUGGAGCGGGCCAAGAAGUUUGAGCUGGCCACCAACACGGACGAGGUGCUCAUGGAGGAGAUCAAGGAGUACAAGGAGCAGCUGACGUGUCCGUCUUGCAAAGUAAAACGCAAGGACGCGGUGCUCAUCAAGUGCUUCCACGUCUUCUGCUACGACUGUCUCAAGACCCGGUACGAGACGCGUCAGCGCAAAUGCCCCAAGUGCAACGCCCCCUUCGGCACCAACGACUACCACAGGCUCUACCUCACCUAGGCGCCCCGAUGCGCCGAGGGAAGAAGACAAGGCCAUCCAUCGCGAGCAACCUCAUCACCCCCGACACCCCACAUUUGCCGCCGCCCCCCUCUUGUAAGAUAAAGACGCAUCCUUUACUCUAUUUUCACCCCCUAAACUGAUUGUGACGGCCACACUUUAUUUCGAGGGGGGCGGUGCAAGUGCGUUGGGGUUCGGGCGGCGUCGAGAUUAAGGAAGCUCGGCAUCGCGAGACCUGUUGACGCGACAAGAACUCGCCCGGGUCCAAGAGUCCCCGUUUCAAAUCCUUCACCGAGCUUCUUCUAAAGCCGAGAUUCUAGAGCCGCCGUGUCCCGGUCGCGAGCGUGCAACUCGUCUAGAAGAUGUUUACCGGAAUGCACGUUCCGUCCGGCUGGUUGGCCGACUAUGCCAAACGUUUGGAUCUACACCCAGUGAGACGCGGGUUCGGAGAGAGGUUCACGUGGACCAGAACAGUGUUGCUGUGUACGGUUCGAGCCCGGCCGGUACUGCGGUUUUACCUAGCGCAGGUUUCGUCGUUUCGUGACACGACGGAGCCGCCGAAGUGACGCCCUCUCCAGUGCGUUUUAUGCUUUGUAGCGUGUCUGUGGACAUCGAGAGAGUGCUCGCAUGACCCAGGCACACGGCGCGGGUAGACGCGGAUAUCGGGCAGACCCGGGCCCCGUCGGCUACCUCCAUCGCACCGCCGUGUUUGUACAAGUGUGUGCGAUUGUGGUGUGCAUUUAAGAUCCCAGGUGUUGCGUGUCUCCCCCCCACGUAGGACCUUGCUUGUUCGGUCGAAGAAGAGAUCUUGUUUCGAAUGUACGGCUGGGAAGUGAACGGUUGGAAGCGACAUUGCUGUCUGUGAUGGCACCCGUAUGCGCAAAACCCUUUUUGAGUUUUUGGAUGCUGGGAGUGGAAGAAUAAAUGUCAUGUCCAGAAUG